AAACGUUAUUCAUGUCCGGACAAGUCCAAGCCUUAUCAAUGAAAGCUCCCCGUCUUUGACCUCGCUUCGUGUGUGAGGACUGGGGAUCCCCGAUCUUCGCUGCGUGCGUGUGUAUGCAAAUGUGUGGUGCAGAGUGGGCUCCUAGUGCGUGGGGAAGGGGCGACGGGGGGCGAGGCGAGGAGGCGACCUCAUUCUUCGCUCCGGUUGGUUUCUCGCCCAACGAAAACCUAAUCUGAUUGGCUUAGCCGGCGCACAAUGCAGACGAGAAGCGGAGUCGCCAAAUCGUGUUCAGUCAAGCCCGAACAAUGUUGGGACAUCGUCAUUCUUGUUGGGUUUCGUUUCGACAGAUUUAGCGGUGCGCUACUAUAAGACGCGGCACACACUGCCUCGUCACACCAGUACGGCUUCUGGAUUUCUUUGUGAACGUUAUCUCAUCACGACUAUCUAUCUCGAAGAAGAAAAAUUAUCAGUGAACUUCUAGGCCCCUAAUAGAGAAAACACCCAACAACCCGAAGUGCGGUUUUCAGUUUGUCAACGAAGUUUCAAAAGCACGCUGUAUUUUGAACAAAGAGUUGACCCCUGCUACGAACUUGUACUGGAAUUUCCGUGGUCAACGACAAAGGAGUCUCUCCGAUUUGAAUUCUGACUUGACGGACAAGCAGAGAGCACUUCCGCCCAAGCCCCACCGGACCAAGUCAUCAUACUCGCUCUACAUUUUCCUGUUGACAUCACCACUGCAACAAAAAACAAACAAACAAACAAACAAACAACAUUACAACUAUGCUCCUCGAGCCACUGUCGGGGCCAGGCACCGUGAUGCUGUCGUUGUGCUGUCUGCUGUUGCUGUUGCUGCUGUCUCCCAGCGAGGCCAGGCUGUUGCGUCGUCCUGGACAGCCGGUGGCGGAGUGGCCAGUGCUGUGUCCGCCUCGGACCUUCUACAGCCGAAAAUUGGAGGAAUGCCGGCCUUGCUCCAGCUGCCCCAUGAACCAGAUCAUCACCUCGCCCUGCCACGGCAUGCACGACACCCGCUGUGGCCCCUUCUACGACCUGCAGCACCUCGUGGUCUCCGCCGCCAAAGACGGAGACAACAAAUUCGUCUCGCAGCGCGUCGCUCACGGUCGCCUUGGCGACGGCGUCGGUGGUGACGAUGGUGACGAUGGCAACGGCAGUCGACGUCAUCAUCAGAAGUCCAAAAACCACACGGGCGCAGAGCGAGGAAACGAAGCGGGGUCAGGCGAGGUCAAGAUCAAGAAGACCGCCGGCGGCGGCGUCGUCGUCUCCUCUUCAGCGGAGGGUUUCGCCGAGAGUUCGAAAACGUCGUCCCGGCGAAUGAAAGGCCAGAAUAAUGACGUCAUCGAUAACGGUGGUGGUGAUUCCGACGUUCUCAUUUCCGACUGGAAGUCGCUGACGCUGUUCACGUGCGUGGCUAUCGUCUUCGUCGUUAUCGUUCUCGUCGUCGGCAUCUGCUGCAUCAGAAGGAAAAUGCUCAAUAUGAAAAAGACAUACGAGUACAAGGCCGCCCCAGUCGAAGUAUAGCCACAGGUGAUGCGGACUAGAUAUUUCAUUUUCAUCACACACAGGUCUUUGCGAAAACAUUCGAGAAGUCAUCUUCUAAUCGUUCAUUCCCUCCAACGGCUUUUUUUUUGUACAUGUGUAAUAUAUAUAUUAUUGUUAAAACGUUGAACUUCUCAGCGACAAGGUGGUUUUGCUGAUUCUCAUUUCACCUCUUGGACAUGUCAAGACUUUUGAUGGUGCAGGAACCUACCUGAAGACUGGAUGGGACAUACAAUGUUGACUGGUCAGAAAAGUUAAUGUUGUGAGACAUAACAUGAUGGUUUUGUUUUGUCGCUGCGGAUCAGGCUGAUCUCUGAGGUUGUUUUUUUUAUAUUUAUGGCCGACCAAGAAAUGCUGAUGUCCUUUUGUUUGUUUGUAAUGUUUUGUGUGACUAAUUUGGAUUAUUAUUUUUUUUGGUUCACAUUGUGAUAUAGACUUGGAAGACUUUCCAGUUGUUUUUUGUGUGUUGUUGUUGUUGUGUGUGUGCGUGUGUGUGUGCGUGUGUGUGUGUGUGUGUG